UUCCAUUCCCGUCGUCCACUUCCCCUGUUCUUUCACUUCUCCUGCCCAGUCGGGCUCGCCUGUCUAGGCUAGACUUGGUAGAUCCCCCACAAUGACAGGGCGUCCUAGUCUCACCCAGCGGAGUUUUCGCUCGAUUAGCGGGACAAGGAGAGACAUCACCCCCUCGCCCGGUCGGUCGCUGCCCGGCGUGCGGAGAAUUACCUACUACGCCUUUUUGGUCCAAGGGCGCAUGUACUCCAGCUGUGUUCCCAAGCACGGCAGACUCGUGGCUCGUCGUAUAAACUUGGUCUUGUCUCUCGCGAGAUAACCACUUUGUUUCCCGCUUGUCCUGUUCUCUGUUGGGAUUUUCCCGUACUGUCGGGGGCUUUUGACUUUCUCACUGUCCUUUUUUUCUCUUGAACAUCUCCCCCAGAUCAUCCCAGAUCCUAUUAUCCCUCCGUCAAGUGCCAUCAACAUCCGGAUAUCCACCAUGGCUUCCCACACCGAAGAAGACCCCGUCUUCUCCUACUCCCAAUUCGCCUGCAUCGGCACCGGCUUCUCCGCCAUCGGCCUCGGCGCCACCCUGCAGCGCUGGUACGGCAUCACCGACAUCCGCUUCUUCGACAAGCAGUCCCAGCUCGGCGGCACCUGGCACGUGAACCAAUACCCGGGCUGCGCCUGCGACGUGCCCUCGGCGCUCUACUCGCUCUCGUUCGAGUGCAACCCCAACUGGACGCGCGUGCUGCCCACCUACACCGAGCUGUGGGAGUACCUCAACCGCGUGGCGCGCAAGUAUGACCUGGUCGAGAAGAUGACGUUCGACGCCGCGGUGGAGCGGUGCGUCUGGAUCGAGGAGAAGGGAAGGUGGAGGAUGUGGAUUAGGCAGAAGAAUACGGGGCAGGUGAUUGUGCAUGAGUGUCAGUUUUUGUAUAGUGGUGUUGGACUCUUUGAUCAGCCGAGGGAGCUGGGGAUCCCAGGAGCGGAAAGCUUCGAAGGACCGAUGUUUCACUCGGCGAGGUGGCGGCAUGAUGUCGAUCUGACGGGGAAGAAGGUGGUGGUGUUCGGCAACGGGUGCACGGGGGCGCAGAUUGUGCCGGCCAUCGUGGACAAGACGGCGAGCUUGACGCAGGUGGUACGGUCCAAGCAUUGGGUGUAUCCGGCGAUCGACGAGAAGGUGCCGUUCUGGCUGAUGUUUACGCUGGCAAAUGUCCCGGGCACGAUGCAGAUCCAGCGGUUCUUGACGUUCGUCAAUGCGGAGCUGGAAUACAUUGGGUUUAGGGAUGGAAAGAUUGCCAAGGCGUGGCGCAAGAAGAGGCAAAGGCAGGUGGAGGCGUACAUGCGGGCGACGGCGCCGGAGAGGUAUCACGACCUGUUGAUCCCGGACUUUGAGGUCGGCUGCAAGAGGAGGAUAUUCGACUCCGGGUACUUGGAGAGCCUGCAUAAUGAGCAUCUGAGGCUGACGGAUGAGCCGGUGGAGGAGAUAUUGUCGAAUGGACUGAGGAUGAAGAGCGGUGAGAUCGUGGAGGCCGAUGUCAUUGUCAUGGCCAAUGGCUUCAAGACCAAUCAAUUAUUCCUCGACUGCGAGAUUGUCGGCCGUGGGGGAGAGACGAUCCACGAACAUUGGAAAUCGUUUGGCGGUGUUGAGGCGUAUAACUGUGAAAGUCUCAGCGGUUUUCCCAACUUUUUCCUGCUGGGAGGUCCCAACACAGCAACAGGCCACACCUCAUUCCUCAUCGCCUCCGAAAACGCCAUCAACUACUCCCUGCGAAUCAUCGAGCCGCUCCUCAAAGGCAAGGGAAGCGUGGCCGAAGUGAAGCGCGAAGCAGAAGAGAAAUACGUCCAAUGGGUGCACGGCGCCCUACAGGACACCGUUUUCUCCACCGGAUGCACCAGCUGGUACAACCGUGCCGUGGAUGGCAGGAAACCGUGGAACGCGGCGGCCUACCCGUGGUCCCAAGCCCACUAUUGGUACUCUUGUUUGUUUCCGUCGUGGAAGGAUUGGCGGUUCAGUGUAAGUUUUUGCGUUUGCUUUGCUUUGCUGUUAACGUUGUCACCUUGCCCAUCCUACGGGAGGAGGCUUGUUGAAAGAUUACACAGACGAAUGUUGCCUGUCGAACACUGACUGACAUGUGUUUGACAACCACAGGGCCAAACGGGAAAG